ACUCCGCCCACUCCUGUCUCUUGAAAAAUGCAGCCUCUGCUUAGCAUAACGUCGAUCCAUUUUUGCUGCUCGCCAGCCAAUCGGGGGCGAGUGCCUGCGUGCUGACCUCAGAGCCCAACCCGCAGAAAGACUUUGCACACGUUCAGGGCGGAAGGAGGGAAGCGUCAGAGCGCCAGGCGAGAGGAACUGCCAGCAGCCCGAAUCAUGGUGGGUGCUUUGUGGCAGAUUUGAGCGCGGCGGGAGGGGCGGGGGGGACCCAGGCUGUGCGGUUAGGAUCCAGCAAAAGCAAGGGAUCUGGAUCCGGGGACUGCUGUUUUUAUUCUGAGCCAAGGACCCGCGGGGGGUCACCUUGGGGGAUGGUCGGGCUCGGCGGGGAGCCGGCAGCAGCAGCAGCAAGUCCAAGUGCGCCCCAGAAGUUGCCAAGGGGGUCCUUGCGGGCAGAAAUGCGCUCUCUCGCGCCUCCUGAACUUCCUUGCUGCUGUUCUCUCUCCCCAACCCCCAAAUAGUAAUCGGAUUUUCUCUGAUUUCCUUCGCAGUGUGACUUCUCGGAAGACCAGACCGCCGGUAGGUGCCCGCAUCUCUUUCCGGGCGCUCCCACUUUGGGCACCACUUGGGAACCCCGAGGGCGGCGGCGGCGGGCCAGGGCUUCAUUUUUAAACGUCGAAAUCCUAAGGUUUAAACCGUGGGCGCCCUAGAUCUGCUUAGGAGCCUGGUUUGGGGCUUACGACUCUUUCCCCCACCCCUCUUUCUCCUUCUAGCUGCUCUCUGUCCCUCCUACCCACCUCUCCAUCACAACCCCGCAAUGGUGAGUUCGUGUGUGGACAAAAGCGAGCCCCGUGUUAACUAGCACGUUCCCGGCCUCCUUGCUAAUACGCCCUGCCGCGUCUCCCUCCUCGCGGGGAGUUGUGCAUUUGAGCUUUGUGAAGCUAGGCCUCUGUGUGUGUGUGUGUGUGUGUGUGUCUGAAGCCGGCUGCUCGAAUAGAGCCUUUCUCCAAAGUUGUGCCCCCCCCCCGGCCCAACCCUUUUGCAUGGGAAUUCAUUGGACUUCAGGUCGGCGCCGCCGCCCGCUUGAUGGCUCAUGCACGAUGCAUUUCCUGGUUCGGGAAAGGACCCACCCAGAUCCCCUCCCGGCCGCUGCGCGGGGCAAAUGCCAGCUCCGCUUUUGCGCGCCGGCGGGAUCUGGGAAUCGCCGGGGCGCGAGUUGACCCGGGCAGCCCGUUCCCGAAGCCGGAGGAGCCGGUCGCGGCUUCUCCGGUUGUGCAGCAGCAGCAGCAGGAUGCGCGAUUGGGCAAGGCGGGUGGAAAUGGCUGCUUGCUUUCCCUCCUCUUGCGCCGCGCGGUUGGUGCCCGGCAGGCGGCCAGACUUCAGCCGGGGCGGGAUCUUUCCCGCGGGCCGCGCAAGAGGAAGCCUCUGGCCCCCCCGGGUUGCAGGAGCGGACCAGCAAAAGAUGGGCGCCGGGAUUGUGUUCUCUUGGUUUCCUUAUAUGGGCAAGAAACUCAUUUCGGAGCAGCCCGGGCUGGGAGCUGCUGCUGCUGCUGCUGCACUGCUACAUUCCAGCCCGGAUCCCAGGCGCUCGGAGGCAAAGGAGGAGAGAUUCCUCUUGGCAAGGGAAUCUUGCAGCUCUAAAGGUCCGGGGGGGCGGCGGCGAGUAGCAGCUACACUGUGGCUGUAGCUUAGUUCACAUCCCCGUCGGAAGCAAGCGGGGAGGCUCCAUUAGUGUUAAUAUAGUUGUGCAUUUGGAGAGGAGCCCUAAAGCUUCCUUCCCGCAAGGGUUGCAGCUGAUGCUUGCAUGUUUUGUGUGUGCAUGAUUUGAGACUAAGGCCGGCAAGGGGUUCUGUGGUUUUCCUAAUUUUAGACUUUGAGAUUUGGUUAUAGUUUUCAGGGAGUUUAGUUGCAACUAAUGUUCCAGGUGCUUAGUGUUACAAAUUGAGCUUCCUUUUUUAUUUGUAGAAACCUUUUAUUUACUGCCUUGUGUUUCCCAAGGUGCUUUGCAACCAUGAAAUACUAUUUUGGUACAAUAAACUGAGAACACUAAAACUAAAACUCAAAACUAAUAACAUAACAGUUAAAAUAAUUUAAAAUCCAUAUCUUCUGUUAUUAUAGGCUGUGUCACCAUUUAUUAUUUCUAAGCAUUUAUAAUCUUCUUUCCUUGAACAUUUAAUUCCUUAAUAAAGAGGUAACCGUAUAAAAAAAUUACAGAAACCAUAAGACCAAGUCCAAUAAAAAACCCAAGUUAACAGCUCUACCAUAAAACAAAGCAAGCUAAGCUGCAGUGACAACAGCUCCUAUCCCAACAAUUAGAAAAUUGAAUUAAGUCACAAGUCAGUUCAGAUGGCUUGAUGUAAUAGGACUCAAAUUGCUUUUGCUUAGAAUCAUAGUCAUAGAAUUGUGGAGUUGGAAGGGACCUCAAGGGUCAUCUAGUCCAACCCCCUGCAAUUCGGGAAUCCUUUUGCCCAACAUGGGGUUCAAACCCACAACCCUGAGAUGAAGAAUCUCAUGCUCUAGUGACCGAGGGCUGGUUUGCAUUCUGGCUGCUGUAUUUUGCACUUAGUGCAGUUUCUGUACAGUCUUCAAGGGCAGCCUUAUGUGCUCCAUGUUGCAGGAGUCUCAUCUGGACAUGUGUAAUCUUGCGGCUUUUGAGGAAAUGUUCCGGAAUCGAGAGACGCUGUAGCCCAGUGUUUGCAAGUAAAAGGCCCUAAGAUCAAUCCUCGACAUCUCCAGUUAAUUGGAUGCAUGUGUAUCUUUCAUCACACCAUCUCUGCACAUAUUAGAAAAAAGGAGGGUGGGGAAGCAUAAAAUGGCACCCCCACAAAGAACAACAUUCGUGCCCUUUCCUCCUGGUUUAAAAGUGAACAAUCACUAAAUGGCUCCAGAAAAGGGAGUGAUAGAGGAAGCUCUAGGGAUAUAGGAAACUGCCUUACGCUGGGUGAGAAUGUUGGUCUUUCUAGCUCAGGAUUGCCUACACUGACUGGCAGUGACUCUACGGGGAUUCAGGAAGGGGACAGGGAGAUGCCCGGCUUCGAACUUGGGACUUUCUGUAGGCAGAAGCUGAUGCUCCAUCCCUGAGCUGCGGCUUUCCCCACCCCCUUCAUCCGGGCCGUGAUUAUCCUUUCUGGUACCUUCUGCCAAGCAGGACAAGGCUUGUGGUUCUCUCUGGGUCACACACUUCCCCUUUGCUAAUCCUUGUCUGGUACAAAUGAGAUCCUGCUGCUAGCCUAGGUGGCAUUGCCACAGUUGUCCUGGGCUGAGUCCUUUGCCAGCCUUCCAAAGGCGGGGGUGACCCUGGCGCUUCCUGCUGGGUGGGAGGCUUUGAGGUAAUAAACACGCAAGCAUCUUCAGCUGAAUGUCCAGAGCAAUUAGCUGCUUUGGAAUUUGUGGCUAGGCAAAAGCAUCAUUGGAAGCAGAUGGGGAUAAUCUCUCUAAAACAGGUCUUCAGUCUGGGUAGGGCAGACAAGGCACUGCAGUAUGCGAAAAUCUUGUCUCCUCCCCACCCCCUGAUUUGCUACCACUUAAGCCCCACUGGUGUACCCUUGCAUACAACUAUAUAUUAAGUGUGGACCCCACCCCCCAUUAAAAUCCUCUGCUGUUGGGGGUCUUGUGGGAACUCACAUAAGCAACUAUUUGAAUUCCAGAAGCUGUAUGCUCUGGGGGAACGGGGUGCAGUGGGGUGCUCAAGUGUUUGGGGAGAGUGGUUGCCCGCCCACAAUUGGCAGUGGACCCAAAAUUGACUCCUGCCCCACUCUUGAGAGCUGAGCUGGCCUGAGAGAAGCAGCAGCAGCAGCAGCAGCAGCUAUAUGGUGGUCUGCAGUCUGAACCAACAAGUCAGUGGAGAUUGGUGUAAUAUGAGUCAAAUAGUUUUGGUUUGUUUGCAUUCUGGCGGCUGCAUUUUUGCACCUGUUGUAGUUUCUGUAGUCUUCAAGGACUGCCUCAUUUUGUAACGCUGCAGUAGUCUAAUUUGGAAUUAUUUCAAGGUAGGUUUAAGCUUGCAGCUUUUGAAAAAGCAUUCCACAAUUAGGAGAGGCCAUAGCUGAGUGCUGAAAGGCCAUGAAACCAGUCCUUGACAUCUCCAGUUUAUUGGAUGCAUGUGUAUCACACUCUCCCUCCCAUGUCAUCCCCUCAGCUUAAAAGUGAAACAUCAUUCAGGUGGUUCCAUGAGCUGUCCAUAUGACAACUAGACUUCAUACAGCCCCAGAAAUGUUCUCAAACUUACCCAGCUUUCUCUGCACAUGGAAUAAUUAAUAUUCUGUAUGAGAUCUUGAUAUCAGAAGCUGCUAAUGGGCACAAAUGUAAUGAAAUAGGAAUACAAACAAAUUAAUGCUUGAGUGCUGUUAACCUUCCUGGCCAUUGCAUUGGUGACAUCAGCUUGGCUGUCCAAGCUGGGCAGGGCAAGAUCUGAUAAAGGUGGACUCAACAGGGGCUACAGAUUCCAUUUUCUUCUAAAACUCUGCUACUUGUACAAUGGCACAGUCUUUUCAGCAUCUGACCCAAGUGUACUGUAGGCUAUGGAAGCUAAUUUUCUUAGAGCCGAAUAAAAUUAGGCCGGAUCCAACUAAACAGGAGCCAGCGCAUGGACUCCUGCUAGCGCGAUGGUGCUUUCUACCUUCCCUCAUGAACCCCAGUUGACUUGGGGGGACGGGACCCUCAGAAUAGCAUGUGGAGGGAGAAGAGGGGAAAUUGUUUUGCCAGGCAGUUGCACCCCUUGUCGCUGCCAAGACUGUCUCUCCCCCCCCCUUCAAAUAUCCAUCCAUCUGUCUUUCUGGGGUAUAUAGCCACAUUCUCUGAUCAUUCCUGUCUGUCCUAGUCUUUCUAUACAGAUCUUGUUACUUUUUAAGGCUCCAGUUUCUUUGUGCCUGAAGAAACUAGAUCCUGCUUGGUGAAGAACCACCUGUGCCUUAAAUGGAAGAUUAUCUAGCUGCCUGGUUAAUAGGAAGGUUGAAUUCUAGGCUUCUGGAAGCAGUGGUGUAGGGAGGGGUGUGUGGUCCGCCCCGGGUCUCAUCCUGAGGGGGAGUGACAUUUGGCGCGUGUGCCGUGGCCCCCGCUCCCAGCCGGAGGAGGCAGGCAGGCAGGGGAGAGUCCCGCUGUGUCCGGUGGCAUUCAUGCCUAGGGAAGGGGCAUCUUAUUGUAGCCUGAAAAUAUGUGGGUUAAUUGUGUGGGUGCAAGUAGGCUGUCUUUAAAAAAAGGAGACACAAGAUAUGGCCUCUGCUUUAGGAAAUACACAUCUUAAGGUUUGUUUUGAGCUUUAUGCUGGGGGUGUGUGGAGGAUGUGAAAGGAAUAUGUGGUUUGGUGGCUUGUCCACUCCCUCCCCACAAUUGUUUUGCGUCUUACCUCUUCACCUUCUGUGACUCCCUGCAGAGUUCAAGGAGGCUUUCCAGCUCUUUGACAGAACUGGAGAUGGGAAGAUCCUGUACAGCCAGUGUGGCGAUGUCAUGAGAGCCCUGGGCCAGAAUCCUACCAAUGCUGAAGUCAUGAAAGUUCUGGGGAACCCCAAGAGCGAUGGUGAGUGGGCCCUUUUACGGGAGCAGUUUUGGGGGGCAAAGGGUCUCUGUUCUGUCCGGAGUGAAAGGUCCCUGAUCAGUGUGUGGUUUAAACGGAGACCACUUGGCUUUUAUAGUAGAACCUGCAAACCUGGCUGCUAGUUUUUAAAAAAGAGUUUUCCUAUGCAUUAGUCUAGCACUUGUGUGGACAAAAACCUGCCUGGUCAUUUGCCCGCAACUCAGACAGCUGAGCAAGAAUCCCAGUGCAAGAGUGUGGGCCGUUGGUGCCCCAGCUCUUUGUUUACUUUUGCCAACAAAAUGAGCAAAUUUUGUGAACUUACACAGCUCACAAAAUGCAGCUAUUCUUUAUCACAGUUUCUGCACCUGGAUGAAGUAAGAAUAUAAGAAGAAUCCUGUGGGAUUAGGCCAGUCGCCCAUCUAUUUCAGCAUCCAGUACUCCCAGGGGACCCAAGCAGGCCCUGACCGCAACGGCGCUGUUCCCACUUGUGGCUUCCAGCAAGUGGAAUACAGAAGCAAAGUGCACCCCACAGGGGAGACCCAGGGGCAUUGGGGGGCUAGGAGCCCUUGACAGCCUUAUCCUCCAUGAAUUUGUCUAAUCCCCUGUUCAAGCCAUCCAAGUUGGUGGCUGUCACUGCGAACUUGUGGGAACCAGUUUUAGUUUAAUGAUGUGCUGGGAUGGUUCUCAACCUGUGGGUCCCCAGAUGUUGUUGGGCUACAACUCCCAUCGUCCCUGAGCUCUGGCCUUGCUAGCUAGGGGUGAUGGGAGUUGUAGUUCAACAACGUUUGGGGACCCACAGGUUGAGAAAGGCUGUGCUGGGUGAAUCAGUGCUUCAUUUUGGCUGCCCUGAAUCUUCCGGAAUUCAGCUUCAUUCGGAUGGCCCUGAGUUCUAGUAUCAUCAGAGAGGGAGGGGAAAUGUCCACCUCCCCAUCUGCUUUCUCUCACGCCAUGCAUUCGUAAUCUUAGUGCACCUAAGUUCUGAAGGCCAGAGGCCAGCCUAGAAAAGGAGCAAGCGAGAGAGGGAAAUGUCUAGACUCCCCACCCAAUCCUCUGGGGCCACAAUCCGUCUAUGAUGCCUUGUCUCCCCACCCGCUUUGUGCUCUUUUCACAGAAAUGAAUGCAAAGACACUGAGCUUUGAGCAGUUCCUGCCCAUGAUGCAGACCAUUGCCAAGAACAAGGAUCAAGGCUGCUUUGAGGAUUAUGUGGAGGGGCUGAGGGUCUUCGACAAGGAGGGCAACGGGACGGUCAUGGGAGCAGAGAUACGCCAUGUGCUUGUCACCCUAGGUAUGGCUGGAGAAGACUUGCUCACGUUCGGGGGCUGCCUGGCUGUUUCUAAGCUUGGCAGCUGAGAGAAUUCAUUCCUGACUUGCUUGGUUCUCCAGACGCUUUUCAAAAGUGUACUGUGGUCCCAAAUUGGGUACAGUGCUGAAAGAACCUGAAAAAACACCUGCCUCUCUAAUUUAUAGACGUCGAUCUUGCAGAAUAAAGUAGCCGGAAUUCUUAUACUGCAGUCCUAUGCAUAACUGCUUGGAACUCGAAUUGUGUCUCUGGAUUGCAGCCGUCUCUCCUACUGUGUGUGUGUGUGUGUGUGUGUGUGUGUGUGUGUGUGUGUACACAUGCGCAGUGUGGAAGAAUUCACUGCUACAGAAUUCCCGCAGCAAAGUGUCUAUGGCCUUGGCCAAACCCAUGGAUGGGAGACUGCAGCGAUCCUCACGUGUGAUCAGGAUACAAGAUACUGGUUUUUCAAACUAGUGUUCCCUUUUAAUCGCUUGCCUCAUUUGUUUCAGAAUGGAAGCUCUUGGGUCAUUAGCAGCAGAUUGCUAUUAACACAGUCUCCCCCCUUUGUGUGCUGUCUGGGCAUUGGGGUGCACCAAUCCUUGAGUAUUUUUGCUGGGCCCAUGCAUGCCCUGUUAGAGGAGAGAGAAGCCCUGAUCAAAAGUGAGCUUGUCCCUUGACUCCUUUAGUGGGAUGAGUGCAGAAAGAGGGCUGCCUCUCCCAUAGAAUAGUUUUCUCCUUCCACCUCAGAGGUGUCUUUCCCCCAGGAACUCUUAUGCAUCUACGCUGCUGCUUGAAGAUUCCCCAUUAAUUGCAAUACAGUAUUAGAAGACGGCUGUGCAUGUUCCAGUGAACAUUUACUUGACUUCCCAAACUUGCAUUCCAUUCAUAGCCUGUACAAAAGUUCUGCUGGUCACGCCAGCCAGUAAUUCAUCCCCACCCCCACUCACUUGCCCAGAUUUCCUUUUUGUGACUCUUUAAACCAGGGUGUGUUCUGCUUGUUGCUUGUGAUCCAUUUUGGUAAGGGUGUUGCUGCGUCUUCCCUGGGUUUGCAACCUAGCCAAACCUCCUCAGCUCAACCUACUUUUCCUGCAGGGGAGAAGAUGACCGAGGAAGAAGUAGAGAUGCUUGUGGCCGGCCAUGAAGACAGCAAUGGCUGCAUUAACUAUGAAGGUGAGGGACAGAGAUGGUGGUGACUUCUCGGUUGCUGUGCGCUGGUCUUGCGAGGAGGGGGCCCUGCCAUCUUCCUCCGUGCUAGAUAGAUGAGGAAGAGCUUAGCGUUGGCGUAACUGUAUGGCGCCUGGUCUGGCGCUUCUUUCGGUUAGACAUUUUCUCAUGUCUAAAUGAAGAGAACAUCACCUACAGAGCUCUGGUCUAAUCUAACACUAUGCAGGUAUUCAGUUGGGGAGACUUGGGUGUGUGUGACAUCUGUGCAGGCACUCCUGUCCUUUGGUUCGUCUAGUGAGCCAUCCUUGUUCCUCAUUUCUGUAUAUGUGUGCACACCUAGCCACCCACACCUGCGAUGCAGUUCAGGAGGGUUGAUGUCUGCCAUGCUUGCAUUCCAUUGCUUUGUGUCGUCAUGGGGAGUCUGCAGGUAACCUGUUCAGUCGGAAAGAGUGAUGUGUGCCAUUUAGCUUUUUGGGGUGAUUGGGGGGCGGGGGUGGGUUUCCUUGUCUGCGACGGAGUCUUUUGCAGCAAAGGCUCUCUUGACUGCAUGUACACUUCAGGCAGGUUGUGCAGAUAGCAACUCACAAAGACCGCAGGAUCUCCUAACGUGGUACUGUGUAUGUGCGCCUCGAAUGGGCUGGGGUGUGUCUUUUAUGUCCAUGUGUCCAGUUUUGUUUGUUCAUUUGUUUGAUCAAUUUUGAUGUUUCUUCCUUUCUACAGCAUUUGUGAGACACAUCUUAUCAGGGUGAAUUCGAACGGGGUACGCCUCCUCCAAACCUACCUUAUUAUAUACCUUAUAUAUUUUUAACAGCCUCCUUUUUUUUGUUGACCUAAAAAAAAGGAAAAAUUUUGUUGGCGCUCUUUAUUGUUACUUUCCCCAUCCUUCUUGUUCAGCAUCUUCCUCCGUUUCUCCCCAUCUUCCAGCAUGUCUCUGCAUGUAGCUGACUCUCUGUAAUCUAAGCAAGGGUGUCUGGGGAAAUGAGGCAGCUCUGGUUGGCUAAAGCAAGACUGUGCCUGUGUAACCUCACAGUUGUGGGGUAGGGAUGCCGGUGGCAGCAGGAGGAGCAGCUUAAUUGUCGCAGUGAUGAGAGUCACAAACUUGGAUCUGUGUGUCCCGUCCCCCCCGCCCCCCAGUUGUUGAGUACUAGGGCGAGUGUUAGAAACUCAGUUAUAUAAGCUAAUAGCCAAAAGGCACCUUAAACCUAGGUUUCGGUUGCCACAGUGGAAUGUCUAGGCACCAUUUUUUUGCAGUUAAGAUUUAUUAUUAAUAAUAUAUUAUUUACAUUGCUAUAAUGCUUUAUUUCUUAAAGGAAAAAGCAGUUUACAUUAAAACAUCAAGCAGUGCAGAAUAAAAUUCAAGCUUCAAGGAAAAUAUUUCGGGUCCUUCUCUGAUAUUUUGUUUUUCCAAUAUUUGUUUACCUGCUUAAUUUAUAUAGCUGCCCCACAGAGAAGUACUCUAGGAAGCUAGUGUGGUGUAGUGGUUAGUGUCGGACUAGGACCUUGGGAGAUCAGGGUUCAAAUCCCUCCUCUGUCAUGAAGCUCACGGGGUGACCUUGCUCAACCUCUUGACCUGCCUCACAGGGUCUUUGUAGGGAUUAACUGAGGUGGGGGGCGAACCAUGUACUCCUUGGAGGAAAAAGGUGGGAUAGAAAUGCAAUAAAUAAGCUCUUCUGCUUAAGAAAGUGGAGGGGCCAGCCAGAGGGGGAUGUCCGUUGCCAACCUGGCACCCAGAGAUCUCCCCAUGGUCUAAAUUGGACUGACGCCAGUCACAACAUGCCUGGCGCCUGGGGAAUUUUGAACACUGACUGGGGCAUGCCUUUCUGUUUGGUGUGGAGAUCCGGAUCUGGUUGGUUGGCCAGAUUUUUCCCUUCCCUGUUUGCUGUGGGCCCUCCCACCUGUCAGUUUGCCUGAUACUAUAUUUAUUAUUUGUUAAAUUUGUAUACUGCUCUUCAUCCCUAGGGUGGUUCACAAGUGAUACCACAGUGAGGGGAAGGGACGCGGGUGGCGCUGUGGUCUAAACCACUGAGCCUCUUGGGCUUGCCGAUCAGAAGGUCGGCGGUUUGAAUCCCCAUGACGGGGUGAGCUCCCCUUGCUCUCUCCUAGCUCCUGCCAAUGUAGCAGUCCAAAAGCAUGCCGGUACAAGUAGAUAAAUAGGUACUGCUGUGGCGGGAAGGUAAACAGCAUUUCUGUGCGCUCUGGCUUCUGUCAUAGUGUUCUGUUAUGCCAGAAGCAGUUUAGUCCUGCUGGCUACAUGACCCGGAAAGCUGUCUGGACUAAUGCCGGCUCCCUCGGCCUGAAGGACCGCCUUUGACUGGACUUAACUGUCCAGGGGUCAUUUACCUUUUACCUUCCCUGCCACAGAGCAGGUGUCCUGUUUUGGUCCACAGGCUUUGAAUUCAUCUGCGCAGUCAAAGGCGCCACGCUUUGCAGGCGCUGACAAUUGGCUAAUUGUCAGUGUUCGCAAAGGGCUUUGCACAGGUGCCCAACCUCCUUUUGGCCCAGCUGCAUCUGUACCUGCCCAUAGGUAGGGCUUGUGGACUGAACACGUAGAUGCUGCUUCACAUACUGUUGUAGAUGAGACUGGGGACAUUUUCAGUCUGUGUUUCUGCUUAAAAAGUGAAGCUGGACGGAGGCUUUGGAGACCAGGUUCUGGUCCAGGUGUGGGAAACCUGUUGGCCCACCAGUUGCUGAAUUUGGCCAUGCUGGCUGAGGCUGAUGAGAGUUGCAGUUCAGCAACAUGCAGAAGGCCAGAGGUUCCCUGGUCCGGUCUGUUUCCCUGCUUGACACAGAGUUAGCACUUCCCCAAGAGAUGUCUAUUCAGCCUUUGCAUGAAUACCUCCAGCAAGCGGCGGGGGGUGGUGGUGGUGUCCCAGCCACUCUACCCCUCCCUUUGCCCCUUUUUGUGACAGCUCUUUGGGGUUCCCUUGCACUUGUGCACUCCCGCUUGUUUUCUCUUCAGUAGACACCCCAAAUUCCACCAGACUUCCCUGCCCAUUUACCUGUCUUCCUCUUUGGACCCUGGCUCCCAUCCCAGGAUGAGGCUAGCAAGCAGCCCAAUUAUGGGGAUGCUCUUUUUCCUCGCUCCAGGUCUGGUUGCUUAGGCUCCUUUCUCUCCCUCUCAUGGGGAGAGAACAUGCGCAAGUGGCAACAGCAGACGUCGCAAAUGACGUGGCCCAGGGAUGCUGUCAACUUUUGGUGGGUGGGGCAUGGUGGGCUGUUUUUGGGAGCUUUUGUACUGAAGCAGAGUAGAAUGUGAGCCUGCCUAGAAGCCUUCUAGUCAAACUUGUCUUGGUUUGCUGGUAGUUGGGUCUGGAAUGGUGCUUUGGCUGCGGCCCCAAUGUGGGCACCUGCCUGUAGCCUCAGCCUGAGAAGAGUCUUGUGGUUUCCAGGCUAGAGCUGAUUGUCUUCACAGUACUGCUACAAACCUUUCCCUCCCUCACAUGGUGUUGGUUUUUAUAAUAGAAGGUGGUAUUUUGAGUCACUCUUCUGAGAUAGCAGAGCUAUAUAAUUCUCUGAAUGAAGCCUUAUGUCUAAACCUAUAGACCCCAUUGUCCUCAAGGGCACACAGCAUGAAAAAAAACAAACCAAGAUCAUGAUGAUAAAACUAUAAAUCCUUAUAUUUCAAGUCAUCGGGGGGCAAGUAUGUUUGUCUGAUAUUGGUCUAGGGGUGCAGCUCUCCCUCAGUGCAUGCAUUUAAAGGAUUUGUCUUAAAUUCUGCAAGAAUUGAGGUUGCAGGGAGUGCAAAAAAAGAGACUGAAGCAGGGAGAUGUUGUACAGCUGAGCAACAGGGGAAGCCCAGUAAAAAAACAACAGUGUGCCACCUUCCCUCACCUUAUUGAACAGUGAAGUCUAGUCUUGCUUUAUUUUUAUUUUUUUAAGCACAAAUCGCAGUGGUUUUCCGAGUCUGUACAGAAUACAUGCAACCUUAAAUAGGAAAAAAUUCACCUUUCUUCAAUGUUAAAUGCAAAAGCAGUUUGGGUUCUGUGGCAUGCCACAGAAAGUUGCAGUAAAUUGUUUAUUGGGCGUGGGGAUCCAGUUCUUCAUUUUUGGGGGCAAAAUCUUCCACAUAGCUGCUCUCACUGGGUACAGGGUGCACGGCAACCCCUCCAGCUCUUCAGCCCCCAUCCUGCCCUCUUGGAAGUGUUUCCACUGGAACUGAAGGUUAAUUGGACAGUCUUUCUUUAAGGGCCUGUGCUGUGGCUGCCUGCCUGCCUGCCUGCCUGCCCCUCUUCUCUGCCUAGGUAGGCUCAGUCAGAAAGCUGAGUCCUUUCUCUGCUGUAGCUGAGUGUCUCUCCAACUUUUUCCACUCUGCAGAAAGCAGAGCAUCCUCAUAGGUUCAACUCCAGAAUUCUGAUGCCUGGCAACUAGUUUUAGAAAUGGCCGUACUUCCUUCUGCCCGUGUUGCCUUCUUGUUUCCUUGUCUCUAGUUGUUUUUCCUGAUUAAAUUAUUUGUUAGAAGUGUUCGUUAACAGAUGUGAGUGGGACUGGGGUGGGUCAUAGAUAGAGCCCCCAGGACAUUGGUGCCGGAGAGGGGGGUGGGACUUCUUGUGUGAUCCUGUACUGCCGGCAGGGACUGGCUUUAACCAAAACUCUGUUGGGAAGGGAGUAGAGAGGAAACUAGGCUGUUUGUCUGUUUGUUUCCUUCGCUAGCCUUUUUCAUUUUGUGACCAAAAGCCAUCUAUGCAUCCAAAGAAAAUGGACCAGUUUUAGCCUUUCUUGCAGCUGAUAUAAUUAGCUUUGUGCUAUUCCUCCGUAAUUCCAACGUACACUACGGCACGUAGCUCUACAGCAGCUGUCACCAACCUGAUGCCUUCCAGAUGUUUUGGAGUACAACUCUGAUCAGCCUCAGUGUGAUCCUGGGGGCUGAUGGAAGUUGUAGUCCUAAAGCAGAAGGAGGACACCAAGUUGCCAAAGGCUGCUGUGUAGAGGAAAGACAGGAAAGCUCCUUAUCUAGUGGAAAGAUUGUUCAUUGUCAUUGCUAACCAUGGAUUCCCACGUUCUGGCAAGUCCCAUUUCCCACCAGUAGGUUUAGCCUGGUCCUACGUGUUCUGUUUGUGCCUUUCUGACAUCGGCUUUAUUUUCUCUUCCCAGAGUUGGUGCGGAUGGUUCUGAGUGGCUGAAGAUCACCUCUAGCUUCUCCCGAGAACCUCUUCCAGUUUAUCCUUAAAAUGUUUGUGCCUUUUUAUCUGUGUCUGAAACUACUUUUGGUUCCCUCUUUCUCCAACCUCUUGGUUUAGUCCUUGAGGCGAGGGCUAAGGAAAGGAAGAAAACAACAUUUGUCUGAAGGAACUUGUUCCUGAAGGGCAGGGAAGCAAACUGCUGGCUUGUCUUGCAUCACUUUAUUUCCAGAAGUGUUCAGCUUAUUUCCUCUUGGUUGCUUUAAUAAACUGUUCCCAAAAAUGUCUUACUAACA